GAACUCACCUAGGCCUGCACCUUUUACGCUCAUCUAAUUCCAAUUGCUCGCUCUCUCCCUCUUUCUGUUCUCAGCAACUUUGGCUACGUAGAUUUUUCUACAAAUGGAGGAAGUGGAGCUUGCCUCCAAUAAGCUUUCAGACGGAGACAGCAACCCACUUCCGAAAAUGGAGCAACCAAUGAGUUCAAGCAAGCACCGCAGUGUUUCAUUAGUCGGCCUUUUUGCUGCUGCUGAUAAAGUGGACUUUGUCUUGAUGCUUUUCGGAAGUGUCGGGGCCUGCAUCCAUGGUGCUGUGCUUCCUGUAUUCUUUGUUUUGUUUGGUCGUAUGAUUGAUUCUCUGGGACAUCUGGCAAAGCAUCCUCAACAAUUGUCUUCCCGGGUUUCCCAGCACGCUUUGUACUUGGUAUAUCUUGGACUCUUUCUUUUUGCAUCAGCCUGGAUUGGUGUCGCUUUCUGGAUGCGAACCGGGGAGAGGCAGACAGCUCGUUUGCGGUUGAAGUAUCUCCAGUCAGUUCUAAAACAGGAUAUCAAUUUUUUCGACACUGAAGCCAGAGACACUAAUAUUAUUUUCCAUAUUUCAAGCGAUGCAAUUCUAGUACAAGAUGCAAUAGGUGACAAGACAGGCCAUGCUCUGCGUUACCUCUCACAGUUCAUUGUUGGGUUUGGCAUUGGGUUUACAUCGGUAUGGCGGCUUACGCUUCUGACCUUGGCUGUGGUUCCAUUGAUAGCUAUUGCAGGGGGAGCUUAUACAAUAAUCAUGUCUACCUUAUCAGAAAAGGGUGAGGCUGCUUAUGCUGAAGCCGGAAAAGUUGCUGAAGAGGUUAUUUCGCAGAUUCGUACUGUGUAUUCAUUUGGAGGAGAGGACAGAGCCAUUGAAGCAUACUCAAAUUCACUUAAUAAGGCCCUCAAACUGGGUAAAAAGAGUGGAUUUGCAAAAGGAGUUGGUGUAGGCUUUACAUAUGGACUGUUGUUUUGUGCUUGGGCAUUGCUUCUCUGGUAUGCUGGCAUACUUGUAAGGCAUCAUGACACAAAUGGAGGGAAAGCAUUCACAACAAUUAUCAAUGUCAUCUUUAGUGGAUUUGCUCUUGGUCAAGCUGCUCCAAACCUUGCUGCCAUUGCUAAAGGCCGAGCUGCUGCGGCCAAUAUCAUGAAGAUGAUUGAGACAGAUUCUAACUCCUCUAAGGUCUCAGACAAUGGAAUAGUAUUGCCAAAAGUAUCUGGGCAGAUUGACUUUUGUGAGGUUGGUUUUGGCUAUCCAUCACGACCUAAUAGGGUGUUAGAAAAUCUGAGCUUUUCUAUUGGCGCUGGCAAGACUUUUGCUGUUGUUGGUCCCAGUGGUUCUGGAAAGAGCACUAUUAUAUCCAUGAUCCAACGAUUCUACAACCCCAUUUCAGGUAAAAUACUGUUGGAUGGACAUGAUGUUGGAAUUCUCCAAUUAAAAUGGUUACGAGAACAGAUGGGAUUGGUAAACCAAGAACCAGCAUUGUUUGCCACCACCAUAGCUGGUAACAUUCUGUUUGGUAAAGAAGAUGCGGACAUGGAUCAAAUCAUAGAAGCUGCUAAAGCUGCAAAUGCACAUUCUUUCAUUCAAGGAUUACCAGAUGGCUACUACACUCAGGCAGGAGAGGGAGGAACUCAGCUUUCAGGAGGGCAAAAGCAGAGAAUAGCUAUUGCAAGAGCAGUGUUGAGAAACCCAAAAAUAUUACUCUUAGAUGAGGCCACAAGUGCUCUUGAUGCAGAAUCAGAACAAAUUGUUCAGCAGGCACUAGACAAAAUCAUGUCACAUCGAACAACAAUCAUUGUUGCUCAUCGGCUGUCCACUAUCCGAGAUGUGGAUACAAUCAUUGUCUUGAAGAAUGGCCAGGUUGUUGAGAGUGGUAACCAUUCAGAAUUGAUAUCCAAGAAAGGGGAGUAUGCAAAUCUGGUGAGCUUGCAGGUAUUGGAACGUGUUAAAGAUUCCAAGUUAACAUCUGGCCAUUCUUCAAGAGAUUCUAGCUUUCGAGAAACCGCGAAUAACUAUCAGCAGGAGGCUAAGCCAAUCACAACAAGACAGCAGAAUCCAAGCUCUGCUCCUACUGCAUCAAUAUGGGAAUUAAUAAAACUAAAUGCCCCUGAGUGGCCCUAUGCGAUACUCGGGUCAGUUGGUGCAGUUCUGGCCGGAAUGGAAGCUCCUCUUUUUGCUCUUUUAAUAACUGAUAUAUUGACAGCGUUUUAUGCUCCCACUGGUUCUCAAAUCAAACAAGAGGUUAAAAAGGUAGCUCUCAUAUUUGUUGGAGUGGCCGUUGCUACUGUUCCAAUAUAUCUGCUGCAACACUAUUUCUAUACAUUGAUGGGGGAGCGGCUCACAACUCGUGUUCGCUUAUUAAUGUUCACAGCUAUGCUUUCCAACGAAGUUGGUUGGUUUGAUUUGGAUGAGAAUAACACUGGAGCACUGACCUCAAUUUUAGCAGCAAAUGCAACAUUAGUGCGAAGUGCUCUAGCUGACCGUCUAUCAACAAUUGUGCAGAAUCUAGCACUCACAGCGACUGCAUUUGUUAUUGCCUUCACCCUAAGUUGGCGUAUUGCAGCUGUUGUCAUUGCCUCUCUCCCACUACUUAUUGGAGCUUCCAUUGCUGAGCAACUGUUUCUAAAGGGAUUUGGAGGGGACUAUAACCGUGCCUACUCUAAAGCAACGGCUGUGGCACGUGAAGCAAUUGCCAAUAUCCGUACGGUUGCUGCAUUUGGUUGUGAAGAACGGAUAGCAAUCCAAUUCGCCUCAGAACUAAACCAGCCAAACAAGCAAGCAGUUAUAAGAGGACACAUAUCAGGUUUCUGCUAUGGUUUGUCGCAGUUUUUUGCAUUCUGUUCCUAUGCACUUGGCCUUUGGUAUGCAUCAAUACUAAUCAAGCAUAAAGACUCAAAUUUUGGAGACAUCAUGAAGUCCUUUAUGGUCUUAAUAAUCACCGCUCUGUCAAUAGCAGAAACUCUAGCUCUCACGCCAGACAUUGUGAAGGGAUCACAAGCACUUGGCCCAAUUUUCAGAAUACUAAAAAGAGAAACAGCCAUAAAUCUAAAUGCUCCCAAAUCAAAUGUUGUCGCUGAUGUCAAAGGAGAUAUAGAAUUCAGGAAUGUGAGCUUCUGGUACCCUGCAAGGCCGGAUAUCACCAUUUUCGACAAUUUGAAUUUAAGGGUCUCGGCAGGAAAGAGUCUUGCAGUUGUCGGCCCAAGCGGGUCAGGGAAGAGUAGUGUGAUUGCACUAGUAAUGAGAUUUUAUGACCCCAUUUCCGGUACAGUUGUUAUUGAUGGGUAUGAUAUCAAAAGCUUAAACUUGAAAUCGUUAAGGAAGAAGAUAAGUCUAGUUCAGCAAGAGCCAGCAUUGUUCUCUACGACAGUUUAUGAGAAUAUCAAGUACGGGAAUGAGGAAGCAUCCGACGUUGAGGUGAUAACGGCUGCCAAAGCAGCAAACGCAGAUGGUUUCAUAAGUAGAAUGCCUGAAGGGUACAAAACUCAAGUUGGGGAGAAAGGAGUGCAGUUAUCAGGAGGACAGAAACAAAGGGUGGCAAUUGCUAGAGCAAUAUUGAAAGAUCCAUCGAUUCUUCUUUUAGAUGAAGCAACAAGUGCAUUGGACACAGAGUCUGAGAAGCUUGUUCAAGAGGCCCUUGAUAAGCUAAUGGAAGGCCGAACAACAAUUUUGGUCGCACACAGAUUGUCAACUAUCCGGGAUGCAAAUAGAAUUGCUCUGCUGCAAAAUGGUAGGGUGGUGGAAAUGGGAAGCCACGAGCAGCUGAUUGGAAGACCCGGUAGUCUCUAUAAACAACUAGUUAGUCUACAGCAAGAAAAUAGUGGAGGGAUUCAUUAAUUCAAAGGCACUAUUAUUAUUAUGUGGUAUACUUCCUGUAACCAAAGGUAAUGCAUAAGAAUCUUUUCGAUUACAAGCUAAGAUAAGAAUAGGCAGUUUUCGGAGGGAUGUAUUAAAUUAAUAAAGACCACUAUUGUAUAUUUUUGGCUUAUGCUGUGUUGUGUUAUACAGACAUUAAUAUUAUUUGUAAAGAGAUAAUGCAAUAUUGCAAAGGUAUACAUUUCUUUU